CCCACCACCCCCGGGUCCGAGGGGAGCGGCCGGGGACCCCCCCCCCGGGGGCAGGUCCGGAGAGGCCAUUGGCGCGGGUGCCCGGAGAAGAGCGUCCGGGUGGGGGACCGGCCAGGCCCGACCGAGCAGCGGGAUGGAGGACGACACAGCAGCCGCUGAUGCUCCUGGGCGCACGAGGGCCGGAGGGAGCGGGGGACCCCGGGCUCUGUGGCCAGGGCACUGGGGAGCCACAGCACAGCUUAGAGCCAGACAGGGGCCGACCCGGUUGUCUUGGCGAGGGCAUCUGGGCCGCCAGGUGGGGACUGCAUUAAACCGGGAGGGUGGGGGCCGGAAGAGGCUGCCCUGGGACCCCCUGGACGUGGCCGAAGCUGGACCAGGUUGAGAGGCAGGUGGAUUCUGGAUCCAUCACGGGGGAGCCGACCACAUUGCCAGCAGACGGGAUGUGGGGUGACAGGCCCCGGGGUCCCCGUCUCCAGCCUGAGCGCCUGGAAGGACACGCUGACGUGGAUGGCGUUGGGGGCAGCGACAACGGGGGACGUCGGUGGGCAACUGGACACCCAGGUUGGAGUUGGGGGCCAGGCCCGGCCUGUGGCGGGCGGGAAGCCUGGACGGGAGCCUGAGGGGAGCGGAGGAGGCAGCGAGGUCCCCUGCCGGCCCCUUGACUCCUCGUGGGCUGUCUGAGUCCCUCACGCUGCCUGGGUCCCCGUGUGGACCCCGCGGCGGGGCGCGAGGCGGGACCCGUCCCCAUCAACACAGCGACCGUGGCCCCGACUCCCGGUUCUUCCAGGAACUCUGCCCCCUGGCCCCCAACACACUCACUCCCUGGAGUCGAGGGAUCGAGGGUGGGAGAGAGAGAUUUGUCCAAAACCUCUUCGUUUUCUCCUAAAAUGGUUCUCAGCACGUGCUGGAUAAGGGCGUGUGUGUAGGGCAAAUGGCCCUGGCCGAGCUCUGGAGGAAGACACAGCAGGUGGAAGAAGGAAGAAGACCCAAGAAACAUCAGGGGCCCCGGGUUCCAGUCUCAGCUCAGCCCCACCCGUGCUGUGUGCCUCCGCAUCUGUUUCUUAACCUCUCUGGGCCUCACUUCCCCACCCUCCCAGGGCUGCUCCCAGGGUUAACGGGCGAAUCGACACGGAGGGCUUGGAGGAGGGCCCAGCAUGUGCUGCCUCAGGGUUUGGCAAACUUUUUCUGUCGAGGGCUAGAGAGUAAAUAUUUUCGGCAUUGCGGGCCAGACGGCCUCUGUUGCAAGGACUCGGCUCUGACACUGCGGCUCGAGAGCAGCCGGAGGCAACGCGUGAACGUCGGGUGGCCGUGUGCCAAUAAAACUUUAUUUACAAAACAGGCCGUGGGCCGGGUCCAACCUGCGGGCCGAGGUUUGCCGCUGACCCCGCACCAGGUGCUCAGCAAAAGUCAAAAGCCAGAGUCCUCUCCGCGGCUCUCAAGACCCCACACGGGCACGCCGGCAUCCACACCCCAGACUCAGGCGUGUGGGCAGCUGUUUCCAGGGGACCAGCCUGGAGGUGGCGCCAUGUGAGCUGGGGAAUUGGCCUCUGCUCACCCUGGACGCCCCCGGCCCCGGCCCAGGCCCGGCCCACCUCGCAGCUGCGGCCGCCCCGACACCCUGCGGGGCCCUCGGGCUCCAGGGGGCUCUCACUCUGGGCUCUGCGUCCCUGAGUCAGGGGCCCCCCGACCUCCCGCCGGCCCAGCUCAGGCCUGUGGCCCCCACCCUGGCCCUCGGCCUCACUCUCUUUCCCCCGCGGGAUCCGCCCGCCCUGCGCGGCCCACACGCCUCCUGUGACACCCGCCGCGCCUCCUCCAGGAUGCCCGCCCCGCGUCCCAUGCUGCUGGGCCUCCUCGCGCCCUGUUCUGAGUCCGCCCCCUUCGCUCUCCCCCUUUCGAGGCCGGUCGCUCUCUCCCCACUCGGUUCUCCUGGCGGACGACGCCGUCUGCUCACCGUGGCGUCUCUGGCCGCCGCUCCACCGGGUCAGCGACUCGUCUGUCGUCCCCACUGCCGUGGCCCCAGGACAGCAGCUGCAUACAGCAGGCCCCCGACUCGGGUCUCAGAGAGAGUCUGCAAUGGGCGGCCGUGUCACCACCGACCCCGUCGCAGAUGAGGAAACUGAGGCACAAAGUGGGGUGGAGUGUGGGGUGCCUGGGCCUCCGACACUGAAUCUGGGGGGUUUUCUGGGAAGAUUUUGAGUUUUUCCUAAAUUUUCAGGGUCUCCUGACCCCCCCCCCACCUCCCACACUGCUUGAACCUCCCCUGCUGCUCUGGGCUGCGGGCAGGGGCUGUGCACCUGCUGAGCUCCAGCUGCAUACCCAGCUCAGGCUGAGUGAUGAGCGCCGACUGCAUGCCCCUCGGGGCGGGAUCCAAGGGGACCUGAGCAGACACUCUGAGCUGCAGUUGCUGGGAGCCACUGUCUGUCAUGGGCCUCAGGGCCUCACUCGCAGGGUCACUCCACAAGCAUCUGGUGAGGCAGUAAGAGGCUCAGCGUCUCUCCCAAGCUGUGUGACCCCAGGAAGGUCACCGGGCCUCUCUGUGCCUCAGCUUCUCCCUCUGUCAGGCGGGGACGUCAGCAGCCCUUGUGCGGAGGGGGAGGGUCGGGGAGGUGAGCAUCAAUAACGAUGAGAGUCCUUAUUCGUUACUCUUAUUUAUGUCAGAACCUCACGGGAGCCAGAACUGACCAUUUCUUGGAGGGGCUGGGCUGGGACGGGCCCACCCCUUCCCGACACCCACGCGGUCCCCCCCCCCACGGCCAGCCCCCCGGGAACCGUUGGUGCCGUUACCUCGCAUUACACAAGCCCCGAAGAGGCUGGGAAGGAUGCGCCGGAUGCAAGAGGGAGCUUAUCCCGGAGGGAAGGGCGCCCCCAGCUUCAUAACCCAGCCAGGUCGGGCCCUGCACAGAGCAGCAUGCCCGGAGCUGCCGCCCCCGCCGUCCUCCUGGCCUGCACACUGGCCCUGGGAUCCCCAGCUUUUGCAGGGAACUGUGGUCGGCUAAAUGCGGCCCCAGAGACAUCCCCCAUCCUGGUCCCGGGCCCUGUGGACGUUGUCACCUCACGGGGCAGAGGGGACUCUGCAGACGGGCUAAAUCGGUUCUUGCAGGACACUCACGGCCACUGGAAGUCCCAGCUGGACGAGAAGCACAUCUGCGGGGCCGUGCUGGUGCGGCCUCGCUGGGUGCUGACCGCCACGCACUGCGAGGUGGCCUGGAACCUCAGCGACUUCCGGGUGGUCCUGGGGGCCCACAACCUGAACACACCGGAGCCCACCCAGCAGGUCUUCAACAUCACGCGGGCCGUGCCCUACCCGCUCUACAACGCCCAGCAGGACAUCCAUGACAUUCAGCUGCUCAAGCUCCACACCUCGGCCUGCCGCACUUCCUCCGUUCGCCCCAUGCCCCUGCCUGGCCGGAACCGCGAUUUACGCCCAGGGUCACAGUGCCACGUGAUGGGCUGGGGCGAGACCACGGGCCACGACGACCCCUCGGCCGCGCUGCUGGAGGCCACUGUGGUCGUCCAGCCCCAGGACACCUGCAACACAUCCUGGAGAGGGGCCCUCACGCGGGACAUGCUCUGCGCCUCCACGGGCACCAGGGAGCGCCGAGGGCAACUCGGGCGGCCCCCUCUUCUGCCGUGGCCAGCUGCAGGGCGUGGUGUCCUUCUCCUCCAUGGUGUGCGGGAGCCCCCACUUCCCGGACGUCUACACCCGCGUGUCCGCCUACGUGUCCUGGAUCAGGGACGUGCUGCAGCACUACUGACGGGCAGGCGGGGUCUCCCCCUCAAUAAAGGCUCUCCAGGCGGCACCGCGCCUCCGACCGUGUGUCCCCCUGGCUCACCGCAGCUGCCAUCCCCCUGCUCUGCUGCCUCCCAUGGCUCCCCAGCACCCUGGAGCAUCUCGGCCCCUCGUUUGCGGCCCUGAGAGACCCACCCGGUCGGUCUCUGGGCUCCCGGUGCACCAGG